GAGGACGUAAGACCGCCAGGACCGAGCACCGCACAGUGGGGGGCGUGGCUUAGGGGACGCGUUACCCUGGCGACCACCUUCUGGGCUGCUCAAACUUGAUCAGAGCGUAGAGCCGGAAAGGUGUGAGUUAAGAAGAGAAACGAAGACGGCUUGCAGCCGCAGCUCCCGGCACCCUGGGGGCUGACCGACGGCCAUGGAUCUGUACCUCAGCAACUGCUACAAGGCUGCUGAAGCCGCUGCCACUAAGGCGGCGGCCAGCAGCCUAACACGCACCAGAGAGCACUGCGACACCGCGAGUGGCGGCGAAUCGGGCUCGCGCAAAAAAGACAUUCCAGAGGUCGGAGCAGCUAAUCUAUUGGAUCUCCCUCUUGGGGUCAAGCUGCCUAUUAUCCCAGGAAGCAACAAUAUAUUCUAUACUACAAAUAUAAAUGAAAAGCUUUAUCACCCUUCUUAUGACUUUAACCUGAGUGAUCCUUACUGCCGACUUUUGGAAACCAGCUAUAAAAGCCUGCAUGAUCCCCAUUUAAAAGCAUACCAUAAGCGAAAGGAUAUUCUAAGGAGAUUAAAGAAGGGCGGUUACAUCACCAGCAAUAAUAAAGUCAUAUGUACCUUGAAAGAAUUGAAUAAGUACAGGCAGUAUCUGACCACUUUAAAAUUAGACUUUGAAAGAAACUAUGUAAGAGAACAAAAAAUGAUUGAAAAACAAGUAAAUAAAUUGUAUGAAACCAGAAGAGCCUAUGAAAAUAGUGGAAACGAACAGUUCCAAGAAUGGCUGUUACAGGAAGAUACACAAGCAUCUCCAGACCAAGAGCUGAUAAUAAGGCACAGAUACUUAGAUAUGAUUAGUAGGGAAUUAGGCAAGGCGGAGCACACGGCAGGAAAGCAGAGCAUACUCAGGAUGAAGGAAGAACAACACCGACAUCAGGACCACGUUAGAAGAAAGCUUCGUCUCCGUAGACAAAUUGAAGAGGAAUGGAAGACAAAAGAAAUGUUACUUCUGACAAAGAUUGGAGAUGAAGUAAAAAGGGAAGCAAAAGUUGAGGAACAACGUCAAAAAGUCAGGGAGGAAGCUCACCGGAAGAAACAAGCACUUCUAGAGAAAAAAAUUGCUUAUCAUUUACAAAAAAUGCAGAGAGAUGACAUGAAGAGAGACAGACCAGAAGAAAAUGUAUUUGAAAACAAAGGACAGGAUGAAAGGGAAGCUUCUUCAAAGAUGAAGAAAACGAGUGAUAAUGCCAGUGACCAGCAAUCCCACCAGGAACAAAAACAACCAAGCCAUUCUCAUAGUUUUAUAAGGAUUCCUACCCAAAAAUCAUCAGCCUUCAUAUCUUCUCCGCAAGAUAUACAGAAAAACAAAACAGAACUAAAGAGCAUACAGAAAGAUAAAGAAAUGACUAAAGCAUCACAUACUUUAAAUGAUAAAGGAAUGAAAAGUAGCUCCCUUCAAGCUCCGGGUGUUUCUGCUAAAACAGAAAAUGUCCCCAAACAUUCUCUACAGGCUAUUUUGAAACAAGAGGCAAGUAAUAUUUCUUUUGUCCCAGAUACAGACAGAACAAAUGCAGUGUGA